UGUCAUUUGUCAAAAAGUUUUUUUUUAUAAUUUUUAAUUAAUUAAAAAAUGUACAAUAAAACGAAUAGAUUCGGUGUUCCAAUUAAACCUCAAACUUCAAGUUUAGUAGGUCCAACAACUUAUACAGUGAUAUGCAAAUCGCAAUUAAAAAAUCAAGUACCUUUCUUGAGUUCUGCAGAAUUGAAAUCAUCGUUUUUCAAUAAAUCUUUUUGCGAUACUUAUUAUCGAUUACCAGAAGUAAAAAAUACUCUAUUAGCUUGUUCUCCAAGUUAUACCGCCCCCAGGACGAGCCAAUACGGAACCGAAUCACCUGGUCCAGCCGCCCACGAAGUUAAACCCGUAAAAUGUUAUACUCAAGCCGAUCGGAUUGCCGACAAACAGGUACUAAGAAAAUUAUAUGCAUGUAGGGUACCGUACACGUUAGUUGGUACGGGACCUUCAAUACCAACGAAAAUAAACGAGAACGGUUAUGAUGUGGGUCCUUACGGAGACGUCACGCCCAUACCACCUACUGAUCACGACACCACGUUAGGUCCAGCCCGUUAUUCGGUCGUUAAGAAAUCACGAUAUGACAGUUUAUACAGAGGCAUCGAUUGGUCGGUAGGUAAAACGCGUAGAGAAUUCUAUAAUAUCGACUCUAAUAUACCCGGCCCGGCCGAAUACAACGUGAAGAUACCUACCUGCCCUAGGGAUAAAGAAAACGAUGAAUUCCGCGAGAUGGCGCGACUAUUCACUUAUAUACCAAGGUUUCUAGAUAAACAAGACAUGAUAUCUAGAAAGAAUAAUUAUCCAGGUCCUGGUGACUACGAUAUUACCAAAUAUGAAUCUUGUAAGCGAUGUCCUCCAUUGGAACGUACAGCUUUUUUCAGUGGUACCAAAAGAUUUAAAUAUAAAACUAACGAUUCUCCAGCAGCGUCUGCUUACUUUUAUAAACCAUCUAAAUAUAACGUAUCCAAGUUAGGAAUACCGUUUGGAGUUGGAAGUUCGAGGUUUCCUAAGAAAAAGGAAGCGCCAACUCCAAGUCCGGCUGAUUACGAUAUAAAAGGGAUAAUAAGAGAAAAGUUGGAAAAAAACCUUCAAUAUGCCGAUCAGAAACCCCCCUUCGGUAAAUCUGCUCGUAGAGUCACGAUAGAAAUAUCCAAGGAUGUUCUGAAUACCCCUUCCCCUCAACUUUAUACUAUCCAAUGUGUACCAGCUUGUAAAUUAUAUACUACAAGUACUUUUAAAUCUAAAAUAGCGAGAUUUCCCAAACAAUGCAGAACGUUAGAAGGCGCGCCUGGGCGUUACAACGAUAUGGAAUCAUUUAAUAAAGUAAAAAACAAAAAAUCCUACAACGUAUCAAAAGUAUCUUUCAAUUCGAAAUGUCCGAAAAAAAAUAUCAUCGAUAAAAAUAUUUCUAAUAAUGCCUCUCCAGCAUCUUACGAAACUGGGAUACGGUCGUCAAACAAAGGUUUCUUAGUACCAAAGUCGCCCAGAUGGAAGGAACCCAAAGAUAAAUUUCCUGGACCUGGUUCUUAUUUGCUUCAUCCAAGUUAUUGUACCGGUAUGUACAACGCUUACAAGACUCAUAAUCUAUUGUUGAAAGAAGAUGUUUUGAAGAUGUCUUUGAGAUCACAUCCGAAAACUACUUGGGCCAAAUGGGCUAGCGAAUUGAAAAAGAAGAAGAAAAUGCGGUGGUUUGUCAAUGAAGGUAAAGGAUAUAUACACUGCCAUAAAGAUUUGACUAUGUAUAAAAACUAAAAUAAAAUUUGAUUGUAUUAAUAAAUUUUUUUGGAACGCGAGGUUUUAAUUCAUAAAA